AUGUCUGAACUUACUAUUGGGGCCUCCUCCGAUUCGGUGUGGACCAGAACGUCCCGAAAUUUGCGCAGGCAUAUUCGCAGGUCCAACAAAGCAAUCAUGCGUUCACAUCGUAUUCACCUACCCAUGUAUGAUAUGCCCAUUCGCCUACGACCGUGGUUUAUCUUAUUCACCCUUCUCAUCAUGCUGGUGCUUGGGUUCCUGGGCUUCACCAACUUCUCGCAUGAGCUCCCAUUGAACGACAAAUUCAUUCAUUUCUCCUGUUUGUGCAUCGCCACUGCAGUGUUUUACUUCAUCUUCGACGUCGAGGAUGACGCGAGACGCAUCUGGUUCUGGCGUAGUUCACCUCUCAUCUUCACUGGGAUUACUUGUUUCUUCCUGGGAGGCAUUAUCAGCGAGUUUGUGCAAUCAAUGCUACCGUAUAAGGAAUUUCAGAUAGGAGAUGUCGCGGCGAAUCUUCUCGGUUCUAGUAUAGGAUUGUACGUUUCAUAUCAUCUCGAACGCUAUUAUAGGCAUAGACGUGAGAUCUUGCGCCUAUAUCAACCAUUGAACGAGGAUGUCAUUUUGUCGGACGAUGACGAUGACGACGCGAUGCAACUCUUACCGAGCCAUUAUAUCCCACAUUCCCCACGUAAUACCCAGAAGGGAGCUAAUGCGAAGACGGGCGCUGGAAUGGUUCGUUUGGGGGACGUUUGGGAUGAGGGUGAAGAGAUUUUCGGACUAGGAGAUGAAAGUGACGAAGAAGAGAGUCAUUCACACUCUGCAGGUCUACCGGCACUUGGUCUUGGGACACCCAAAAUUAUUGUUACUGACACAGAGACUCAAUCGCCAUUCCAUUCUGCUGGGUGA